AAGAAAAUUUAGAUUUAAAUGAUAAAAUUUUUAUUGAUGAUUUAGAAAAUUUUCUUAAUGAAGAAGAUAAUAAAGAUUUAUUAUUAAAUCCUAAUAAAAUUUUAAAAAAUAUUAAUAAACAAAUUAGACAAAUUUUAGAACAAGAUAAUUAUGAUUGA